CUCUACCCGCACCGCGGCCUCCCGGGCCCCCCCCACACCCAUCGCCACCCUGGAGAUGGAAAGGAAGCGGUUUGAGUGCCCCGCGCUCCCGUCCGGCUGGAAACGAGAGGAGGUGACCCGCAAGUCAGGCCUGUCGGCGGGGAAGAGCGAUGUUUAUUACUAUAGCCCAAGUGGAAAGAAGUUCAGGAGCAAGCCUCAGCUUGCACGCUAUCUGGGAAACUCAAUGGAUCUGAGCAGCUUUGAUUUCCGGACAGGGAAAAUGCUCAUCAGCAAACUAAACAAGAACAGACAGAGACUGCGGUUUGACUCUGCCAAUCAGGUCAAGGGCAAGCCAGAUCUGAACACAUCAUUACCUGUUAGACAGACAGCAUCAAUUUUCAAACAACCAGUUACAAAAGUGACAAACCAUCCCAACAACAAAGUGAAAAUGGAUCCACAGAAAGCUGUUGAACAGCCUCGGCAAUUAUUCUGGGAGAAAAAACUUACUGGGCUGAAUGCCUUUGACAUUGCAGAGGAAAUUAUCAAGACUAUGGAUCUACCUAAAGGCCUACAAGGUGUGGGACCUGGGUGCACAGAUGAAACCUUGCUGUCUGCUAUAGCAAGUGCUUUACAUACCAGCUCCAAUCCGAUCACAGGACAGCUAUCUGCUGCAGUGGAGAAGAAUCCUGGUGUGUGGCUGAAUACUUCUCAGCCGCUCUGUAAAGCUUUCAUGGUCACAGAUGAUGACAUUAGGAAACAAGAAGAGCUGGUCCAGCAGGUGAGGAAGAAGUUGGAGGAGGCACUAAUGGCUGACAUGUUGGCACAGAGCGAUGAAUCUGAAGGUGAAGUGGACGCGACACAAGAUAAAGAAGAUGAAGAGGAGGAGGAGGAGGAAGAUGACGAUGAUGUAUAGCCAAAGUAUAAUUAAGGAGAUUAUUAGAAUCCAAUAUUUUUCAGGGAAGUGUGGACAUAAAGAGAAUGAAAAUAUUCCUAAGGAUGAAAAACGCCAAGUAAACAAAUCAUUGCAAUUUCCACAACCAAUCUUAUAAUGUAUGAAGAGCUACUUUUCCAGUAGAGGAAAGUCAUCUUUUUGUCAGAUGGCAACGUUCAUUUUGAUGGGCAUGUCGACCAUUGCCAGUACCCAUUUUUUUAAAUCUGAAGUCUUUUAUAUAUUCUUUUUUUAAACCUAUGUAAAAUACUGUAAAGUUUGUGUGAAAAUUCUUAUCUCUGAUUUGCGAUUUAGUUAAUAUUUGUGAAUGAGCAUGCAUCAAAAAUAAUGAAUCCAGUAUUUCCAAUUUUGUAUGUUGCAUUUCUAAAACAUUACAAUCUUCAACUGCAGUAAAGCACAGUGUGUCUUAAAUGGAAACCACCAUAGUGCAUGAAUGUGCUGUAAGAAAAAAAAAUUGAAAUAUUUUAUGAUGCAUGUUUCUAAUUUCCCUCUUGGUAAGUGUACAUUUAUAUUGGUGAUGCAACUAGACUGUAAAAGCUUGAAUAGUUCAUCAAUAAAAUAUCAUUGCUAAAAA